CGCAUGGGGGUCCGGUGGGGAGAGGCGCGGCGCUGGGCCGGGCCGCGCGUAAUAACGAGGCGAGGGAUCCUGGAGAGGGUAAGGGAGGGCAUCUACCACUACCACCUCCUCGGCAGAGUGUACCUGUACUUUGGACCAGGCCUCGGCCGCGGGUUGGGAAUGCCGAAGGUCUGCUUUUUGGAACGAACGGAGCAGUUAUUUAGGAGCCCCGGAGCACGGGCAGAGUUUGUUUCCUGUUAGAGGCCAGCCCGCAGGCGCCCCAGAGCAAAGGGAGUGGGGUUGGUAUAUAAGGGUCGCCUUGGGGGCGAUGCUCUCGGCGUGGAUGGGAUGUUCCCUGGUCCCACACACCUUUGGGUGCUGGCCGAGUGUCUGGAAACAGAAAUGCACUCUGGACGUGCUCAGAAGCACUGCCCGUAGAAUCUGUAAGUUCCAGGCCAAAACACUUUUUGGAACUGGACCCUGGCCUUAAGGUAGGUAUGGGUUGUUUUGAGGUAGCCUGUAGUCUAAUUUUGGGGAACACUUCCAUUAAUUCUAAGUGAAAGGGAGCAGCUUUCAGGCAGGCAUUUUCUUGUUUGUCUGCCCUACACACUUACCGGUCUGUAUCUGCUUUGUAAAAAUCCUAAUGUGGGCUGGGGACAAGCUAGCAAGAGAAGAACCAGUUUAUCCUUGUUUGUUCUUUUGUUUGAAUUAGUAAUAAUUUUCUAUUGAAUAGUAGUGUAUUUGGCUCUUGCAGUGUAUAGGAAUGAUGGUUUCUGCCUGUGAGGGCUGUAGUUUUGUUCUGCACAAUCACUUUAAUUCUUUAGCUUGAAAUAACUGUCCCCUGCUCCUCUGGUUUUUGUUCACUACUUCUAACACCCAUGUAUUGAAAGAUUAGGAAAAUGCACCCUAAUAUGUUUCAACUGCUGCUUUGAAAGAGGUCCUGAUAGCAUUGUGAGUUUGCAGUUUAAGUCAGUGCCCCUCACAGUGAUGUGCUAGAAGUGGAGACCUGUUGCCCACAUAGCUAAAAGACUCAGCAGGUAGGUUAGAGCAUCCUCAAAGGCCCUUCUACUGAUGUGUGCCCCUGCUGUCAGAUGUUAGAUGACAGUAAGCAGAGAAAGGGCUUUCUCUGGGAUGCUGCCUUCACUCUGGAAUGCUCUCACCUGGUGCCUUGUUCGAGCUUUGUGUGUCAAAACCUUAUUAUCCCAGGCUUCAAACAAUUACUGAUGCUGCUUUUGAAAACUUAGUGAUUGUUGCUGUCCUAACACAGGAAAUAUACUGAGUUAGACCAUCCGGUCUGGCCAUCUCAGAAAUGCAUAUACACUGAUGGGCAACAGUUUUCAGGAUUUCAGACCCGCCCUGGAGUCUUCAUUAUGUAGAGCAGGCACCCCCAAACUCCGGCCCUCCAGAUGUCUUGGACUACAACUCCCAUGAUCCCUAGCUAACGGGACCAGUGGUCAGGGAUGAUGGGAAUUGUAGUCCAAAACAUCUGGAGGGCCGAAGUCUGCGGGUGCCUGAUGUAGAGCAUCUAUUGUACUGACCUCCUUCAAAGAAAAGUUAACUCGACCCAGAGCCAGCAAGGGUCUGUGGGUGGCUAUAUUUAAUUCCUUGUUUUAAUUUUUUGGGGUUGCGUAUUAAUAUUCAUUAUUGCAUUAACUGGAUCUUCCUGCUAUAUUUUCCACUUGUCUGCCACUUUCCAUGUAGGUUUUGGGCCUAGCCUGAGUUACUGAAGAGUAAGGUUUUUUGGGGGGUAGUGGAGAUCUCAAUAACACGGGUGGGGGAGCAGUUUGGAGAGGAGUGGAAGCUGGGAAUGAAGCAGACAAGGCAGCUCAUUUGCUCCUGCGUUAUUUGGAGGGAAUGGAGAACUAUGGGUUGGAUCCAGGUGAGGUUAGUUGCACUUAAGGCACCUAAUUUCAGUGACAACCAAAUACCAUAUGACUAAUUUGUUCCAUUCCAUCGAUUUCAGUAGGACCUCAGUUCAACUAACUUCACCUGCAUCCUGCUAUAUGUAUGCAUAAAUAAAUAAGUAACCAGCCUAAAUUGUUCAAGAAUUACACAUCCAAAUGCUGGAUGUAAAGUGCUUCAGGUAAUGGGUAUUAGCAAAAAAAUUGCCAUAGGUUAGAGCAGGCAUCCCCAAACUGCGGCCCUCCAGAUGUUUUGGCCUACAACUCCCAUGAUCCCUAGCUAACAGGACCAGUGAUCAGGGAUGAUGGGGAUUGUAGUCCAAAACAUCUGGAGGGCCGAAGUUUGGGGAUGCCUGGGUUAGAAGGGUUGUGUGAUCCCCAAAGAUUCUAAGAAGAGUUGAGUUAAGGUUCCUCCAAAGUCCUGUUUCUUGAAGCUAGGAAGGUGAAAUGUAUUGGAACAAGUUUAAGAAUCCGCUGCAGCGAUUAAUCCAAGGGGAAGCGAGCCUGUUGUUUGUCGCAUUAGAUUGAAGAAGAUCUUCUGGGACAGACAGUUUUGUGCAUGAUGAAAGAAAAGGGGUGGAUGGAUGAGGUGCAUAUUAAGACCAGUAGUUCAUCAGGUCCAGGUUUGGGGAGCUGUUGGCUCUCCAAUUGUUGCUGAACUGCAGUGCACAUUGUCCUCGGCCUCUAGGCAUGCAUGCUAGGUCUGAUGGGAGUUGUAGUUUGGCAAUACCUGGAGGGCCAAAGGUCCCUCACACCUUAUCUAGAAUAACAUCCUGUUUUCCAUAGUGGCCUGCCAGAUGCCUCUUAGUGGAUAGGCUUCUAAGAACGAUAUCCAACGAUUUCUGAGGUCAGUGGAGCUACAGAAAGACGUAUUGCUACCCAUAUAUAUGUGUUGUAAGGAAUGUGAAAGCAGAUGGACAUGCCAUGUCCCCAAACUAAGAGUUAAGUGUCUAUCUUCUAGUCUAAAUGGCAACAGAUCCCUUCCAUUUCCUGCCUGGCAGACUGAGCAUCUUGGCGGGAAGCGGGGAGCAUCCCGCUGGCUGUUGUCUUAUAAUCAACCAUGCAAGCAACACGGAUAAAUGUUAAGUUGUUUAUCAGGCUUGAUUCUUGGAAUAGUAGGUAGAAUGAGGUAGAGGUGGGUGCCAAUUGUAUGUUAGCACCUCUUUAUAAUGAGUUAUUGGACCGUUUUUUGAGAAUACGAUGCAACACAAUGUAAUCCCGGUGUAUUAAAAGAUAAACCCUACUGGAAAGAAAAAACAAGUGGCAAAGACAAGUAGCUGGGGCUCAUGUUAUUUGGUGUCGGCAUAAAGUUUGACUCCUGGCCAUUUGUCAUAUAAACAGAGACACAAAGUAGUUAAGACCAGGGGCACUUCCUUGAUUCUUAAAAUGGUUUAUUGAAGCAGAAGGAGAGGGGCGGUCCAUAUGUACACAAGUUUCUCUGUGCUUUAUGUCACCUUUUCUUAGGAUUUUUUCUUUGAGAGUUUCACAGCGAUGUGGAUUUUCUGGAAACUUUAACCCCCACCCCACCCCCAAAGAAAUAUUUUCUGUCCUAAAUUGGCUAAGAUCUACUUUAGCAUGUUGGAGUUAUAUUCAGUUAGCAAAGCUAUUUUUUUAAAAAAUAACCAUGUCAUUGUUGGUUUUAUGUGCUGUUUGGAGUAUUUAAUUUUCCACUCAGUAGCCAGAAUUAUUUGAAGUGAAGUGCUUUGUUCAGGAAAACAAGGCACACUUCGUGUUGUUUACAUGUUAUAUUCAAACAUAUUAAAAACUUUUCGUGGAAAUUCGUAUUUCGGUACUUCUGAAAUGUUUUUAUUUUCAAAUACUUUUAAGACAUGACUGCACAGUAGCGUACACUUCGUUUACAUUAUUUAGCUUUUAACAAUAAAAGUUAAUACAUUAAUUUGCAUUUGAAUAUAAUUUUAGCAUGCUUGAAGAACCAUGUAUCAACAAGGGGCAUUGCUAUGCACUUAAAAGACUAGGGGCAAUGUCACAAGGCAUAGUAACUAAUACGUUUAGAUGCAGAUUUAGUACUCUUAGCAAGUUAAGAUGGUUGCUGGGACCUUACCCACACUGUGCUAGCAUCUUUCAUUUCAUUUAUGAGACUUAUUAGUUGCUUGUUGCUUGAAGGUCUUCUAUGAGCUCGAUCUUGUCCAUUGCACCUCCUUGCGGUUUGUUGAAGAAUUGUUGAACUUUCAGAAGUUGGGCUGCACUACAGCUGGAAGCGCCGGUUGGGCAAGCAGUGGUGCCAUGCUUGCUGGAUUGAUCCACUGUAAAAGAUCUUAAAGUGGAUGGGAUCUCUUCCAGAACUGGCACAAACUAAAAGAAGUAAUAGAAGAGUAGUCAUAGAAUUGGAAGGGACCCUGAGGAUCAUCUGUUAUUAUUUAUUGAAUUUAUUUCAGUGACAACCAAAUAUGACUAAUUUGUUCCAUUCCAUCGAUUUCAGUAGGACCUCAGUUCAACUAACUUCACCUGCAUCCUGCUAUAUGUAUGUAUUGAAUUUACAUACUGCCCUAUACUCACAGGUCUCAGGGCAGUCCUAGUCCAAACCAUUGCAAUGCAGGAAUACGCAGCUGCCCCGUAUGGGAAUCAAACCUGCAACCUCGGCAUUAUCAGCACCACACACUAACCAACUGAGCUAUCCAGGCAGGCAAGCCUCAGAAAGGACAGGAAGAGAAAAGGAUAUUGAGCAACUGCAAAAAUAAAAAAUAAAAUACCAUGCAUGCUCCCUUAAUGUAAUGGACUUGGUGAUAUAUAGAGGCAAUUUCCGUAGCAUGAGAGACACUUGGUAACUAGAAAUGCAAUGACUAGAAAACAGUGUCUAAAAAAAGUUAGUAAGAAUGAUGGUUUGAGCUGAUCUAUUUUCUUUGAAAGGCCAAGUUUGUCUUCCCCUUGAUCUCUUUGGUGCUUGGAUACAGACAUUUGACGCGAAGGCUCUGCAUUCACUGAUUGAUUGACUCACUUUGUCACAGACAUUCACUGUGACCUUUAGGACUGAUUUGUUAGAAGGACAAUCUGAUCCUGAUGCAUUUGCACGGUAACUAGUGGCUCAAACUUGUGGGAUAAGCCCUGUGCUUGCCUCUCUACUCUGACCUUUGGAGCAAUUGCUAAUAUGUGAUGACUUGAGUUACAGAGCAGCUCCAUUUUAGCAUAAUGAGAUAUUGUCAGUGGCCAUUCUUGCUGCCUUGAUUGGCAGGCAGGGGGGGAAGUCUCCUCAAAUGAAGUAGUGUGAGAUAUCAGGCCCAUGUGUUGUCAUACUAGCACAGCCCUCCAGGUGUUGUGGGACUUCAGUUCCCAUCAGGCCGAGCCAGCAUGGUUAGAGAUGAUGGAAUUGCAAUCCAAAACAUCGGAAGGCAAGCAGGUUUGGGGAAGGACAUUGGCGCUCAUGUUUUGACUAUAGUGUAUCAUUUGCAGGUGCAGGUAAGUCGUGGCACUAGGGCUUUUUUCUUUCUUUCAGGUUUGGCUAAAGAGCACAUCAUUUUGACCUCUUUCCUUGCAAUCUGUUAGUACAUCUUGAAUGUACCAAACUGUGCCAGCAGAAACCUCUGGAUCUGAAAGAUGAUAAUACUGAAAAGCACUGUCCUGUUACAGUGAAUCCUUGGCAUAUGAAGAACGCUUUCAAAGUUAUGAAUGAAUUAAGAAGUCAAAACUUGCUGUGUGAUGUGACAAUAGUAGCUGAAGACAUGGAAAUUGCAGCUCAUAGAGUUGUGUUAGCAGCUUGCAGCCCAUACUUCCAUGCCAUGUUUACAGGUGAAAUGAGCGAGAGUCAGGCAAAGAGAGUUCGAAUAAAGGAAGUUGAUGGAUGGACCCUUAAGAUGCUCAUUGAAUAUGUUUACACUGCUGAAAUUCAGCUUACACAGGAAAAUGUACAGGUACUUCUCCCGGCAGCUAGUUUGUUGCAGUUGCAGGAUGUAAAGAAAAGCUGCUGUGAUUUUCUGGAAACCCAACUUCAUCCUGUGAACUGUUUAGGCUUUCGUGCUUUUGCUGACGUGCAUGCAUGCACAGAUCUUCUGAACAAGGCCAACACUUAUGCAGAGCAGCACUUUACUGAAGUUGUACUUUGUGAGGAAUUCCUAAACCUCGAUGUAGAACAGGUGUGCAGCUUAAUAUCCAGUGACAAACUUACAAUAGCAUCUGAGGAAAAGGUGUUUGAAGCAGUGAUCGCGUGGGUCAACCAUGACAAAGAUGUGCGGCAGGAGCUCAUGGCACGCCUGAUGGAACAUGUCCGCCUGCCAUUGCUCUCCCGAGAGUAUUUGGUUCAGAGAGUCGAAGAGGAACCGCUUGUUAAAAACAGCAGUGCCUGUAAGGAUUACCUCAUUGAAGCGAUGAAGUACCAUUUGUUGCCCCUUGAGCAAAGGGCUCUGAUGAAGACCACGCGGACAAAGCUGCGAACACCAGCCUGCCUUCCAAAACUGAUGGUGGUAGUCGGAGGACAAGCACCCAAAGCUAUCCGCAGCGUGGAGUGUUACGAUUUUAAGGAAGAACGGUGGCACCAAGUUGCUGAGCUGCCGUCCAGAAGAUGCAGAGCAGAGCCUUCUCUUUCAGGAGUGGUAUACAUGAGCGGUCUUGUCUUUGCCGUUGGUGGUUUCAAUGGCUCCUUGCGGGUUCGUACGGUGGAUUCAUAUGAUCCCGUGAAGGACCAAUGGACAAGUGUUGCUAGCAUGCAAGACAGAAGAAGCACUUUGGGGGCUGCUGUAUUAAACGGACUUCUGUAUGCUGUGGGAGGAUUUGAUGGAAGUACAGGUCUAUCGUCAGUAGAAGCCUAUAAUAUGAAGACUAAUGAAUGGUUUCAUGUAACUCCAAUGAACACAAGGAGAAGUAGUGUUGGUGUAGGUGUAGUUGGAGGUAUGCUGUAUGCCGUCGGUGGCUAUGAUGGUGCAUCACGUCAGUGCCUUAGUACAGUGGAGUGUUAUAACUACAGUUCAAAUGAAUGGAGCUAUGUUGCAGAGAUGGGCACUAGACGUAGCGGAGCAGGUGUUGGUGUCUUAAACAACUUAUUGUAUGCAGUAGGUGGUCAUGAUGGUCCUUUAGUCAGAAAAAGUGUUGAGGUGUAUGAUCCCACCAUCAAUACAUGGAAACAGGUUGCAGAUAUGAACAUGUGUAGGAGAAAUGCAGGGGUUUGUGCUGUCAAUGGGCUCUUAUAUGUAGUUGGAGGAGAUGAUGGUUCCUGUAACUUGGCAACAGUGGAAUAUUAUAACCCUACAACAGAUAAGUGGACGGUGGUAUCGUCAUGUAUGAGUACAGGAAGAAGCUAUGCAGGUGUUACAAUUAUUGACAAGCCAUUGUGAGUUGGUGCAAAGAUUUCUCCCUACCUUGAUUAUGCACUAGAAGCAAGCUUUAACAAGUGAUGUCGAAGUGAUUGAGCAUCAAGACACUUCUUUACUUGUAGCACAUUGAGGCAUGUUGGAAGCUGUGGCCUGCGACAAUUAAGGAUGAAAAUGAAGAUUAUUCCAGUUUGAAGCAAUGUGUAGCAUUAUUUGAUGUAAAGCUGCAUCUGACUGAGAUGUAGCUGGCUGUGUUGACUACAAUUUGUAUUUGCUGGGUUUCUGGACAAAAUUCCUUAAGGACCAAUCAUGUGUCUCAUGGUUGACUAUGGAUUUUUUUAAAAGUAAAAGAUAGUGUGCCCUGGUGUCUUUUUUCCAAAGAAAAAAAAUAUAUCCAUUAACUGCUGGUUUUUGGAGGAAUAUUGAAUCCCAGCUCAGUACUACAAGCUGGCACAAGAAUCUGGAUGCUUUUAUAAAUCAUCUUUGGUUACAUUACAAUUGUGUGCAUAUUUAAGUGUGUGUGUAAGUAGACUUUCUUUAUACUUGUUUGGAACUUGAUGAUACUAUUUAUAAUCUGCACGGAACUUUGAAGUUUGCCAGUACUAUGUUGUAAAACAGAGGUGUAUAUUUUGAUAUUUACCAAUGCUUUAACAAAUGCCACAGAAAACAUACAAUACAGUGCUCAUGAAACAAGUGUAAUGCCAAAAUGUUUUAAACUAAUGUAUUGGUGAUCUCUGUUUUACAAGAUCUCUUUUGUUAUGUUUUGAUGUAUCUCUCUUAACUGUGUCAUAAGGGUUAAUACUUGGCAUGGGCAUAAUGGCAGGUUUAUAAUGAAUGUAUGGAGCUCUGUUUUAUUUGCAUGGCAUUUAAAACUAUUCCUGUGUAACUAGCUGCUAUUAAUUAUGUACUUCCUGUAUGUGAAAAUGUUUGUAAACAAACAAUUCCUGGAUGCUUUAAAUAUGACCAAAACUAUUGUCAUUUUGACUUUGUUUCUUUUAAUAAAACUUUGCAUAUUUGUUUUUCCUAAAGUUUGGGACUUAUAUUUAAUGUAAAAGUGAUGUAAAAAAAUUCCUCCCCGUAGCACCUUAGAGACCAACUAAGUUUGUCAUUGGUAUGAGCUUUCGUGUGCAUGCACACUUCUUCAGAUACACUGAAACAAGUGUGCAUGCACAUAAAAGCUCAUACCAAUGACAAACUUAGUUGGUCUCUAAGGUGCUACGGGAAGGAAUUUUUUAAUUUUGUUUCGACUACGACAGACCAACACAGCUACCUACCUGUAAGUAAAAGUGAUGAAAUACGUUCCUCUUCAGCAAGACAUAUAUUUUUUGUUUCACAACUGUCUGGGAAGACAGAUUGGAUGAACUGAGUAUGGUUUGGUUGGAGCAAAACAUGCUGACCAUUCUUAAGUAUGGUACUUAAUGUUCACAAUGAGCAAUGUUGAUUAAAAAAUUAAAAUUACUUUGAACAUUAGGAACUUCCAACUAACAGCCAGGGAGUGAAACAACAAGCUGUUUAGGAAUGUUGUGGAUAUAUUGGGGGGGGGAAUAAAAUUGGUAUUUGAUUAAGAUGUUUUUUAUAUAAGAUGGUAGGGAAGAACGUUGAAGCAGUAUGGUAGAUUUUGGUACGUUCCAAUGUUUAUUACUUGAUCAGACCCAAAGGUGUCUAGCCGUUACUGCACUCUUUCCUAAAAUAGUCAGCCACAUGCAUAUGGGGACCUCACAAACAGGAAAGGGUAUAAAUAGGGAGACGAAAUGCAAAAUAUAACAGGACUCCUAGACCUUUAAGUUGCGUAGAAAUGCGUAUGUCAGUAUGUGUAGCUUGCUAUGAGAGCUACACCAUCUGAAAUCUUGGCCAUGUGAAACAGCUGCACAUGAAGGUUCUGGGUUGCUACCAUGCCUAAUGACCAGUGAUAACCAGAUUCCACACCAAAAAAUUUUUUUGGGGGGAGAAAUGUGUUAAAAGGAAAAGUGCUCACUACUUGAUAUACUAGUUAUUGCAGUCUGUAACUUAAGCAUAUGUUAUAUGAAAUAAUGGCUCCUCUUUAGCCUGAUUCUUAGAGGGAGGUAAACUGUUUCUGGGCUGUACCACUUACAAGCUCAUGUUUGAAUGUUUCUCCUUAUCUACGUGCAAGCCCACCCUUCAGAGAAAACUAGAUGUCAGAGAAAAUGCUAGUCCCUUAAGAGCACUCCAAAUGAGUCUGUUUUAAAAUCAAGAAGCAUUCUGUCUCUGUCAAACUGGUUUCCCAAGUGAAAUACCUCUGAGCUGUUUACCACAUCACUGAACUGCAUUAUUCUAUGCUGUGGUGCUGGCAGUUUUACUACCUUGUCCAAUAGAAGAUAAGGGAGGAUGUGAGGAUGUUAACCCUUCAGUGACAAUACACUUGGGACAGGUUUUCCCGGGCCUUAGUUUGGGGAACCCCUGCAGUACAGGAAGACAGUCCUGAAACCAUGUUGACCCUCAGACUGACCAAAUGUUUCUCUGCAAGGAAGGAGGAAAUGAAAAACCUCCCUAUUGUCUCUGUGCUCACAAAUACUGCCUUAAGGGCACAUUUGGGGUGUGAAUAGGGUAAGCCUGGAAGCCUGUGUCCUGGCUCAGGAACUAAGUAAUUAGCAUGGCCAGGCUCCCUGGCAAUCUAACAUUAACAGGUAAACUACCAGACAAAAAAGGCUCCGGGGCUGUUGCUGCCUGCCUGUCUGCCUUCCACGAGCCAAGCGAGCAAGCGCCGCCACUGCCGCCAGUCCCCCGGAGCCCAUAGGCAUUCCUAUGGGAAAUGGUGCCUCGCAAGACGAAUUUUUCAUAGGACGAAUUGACCGUCGGAACGAAUUAAAUUCUUCUAGCGAGGUACCACUGUACUGUAUAUAAAUGCCACAGUUGCUGGCCUCACUGAUUGCAUGUGGAAGCUAGCAGUAGAUUCCUUGCCUGAAGCAGAGAAUAAGGUAACCAAACUUGUGUUUGCUGUUGAACAAGAACGGCUGCAAUCCGAAGCACUUACUUAGGACCAAGCUCCAAGAGGCAGGGCCGGAUUUAGGUUUCAUGAGGCCCUAAGGUACUUAAGGUAAUGGGGCCCUUUAUAUGUGAUAUGUGAUAUGUUAGGGAGCAGGCUAGCAGGUGGGGCCCAUUACUUACAUUAUAGGAGCCU